AUGCUUGAAUCAGGACUCGUCCGUCGUUAUUUGUGGGUUGACGCCAUCUGCAUCAACCAGGGCGAGGAUCAAGACGCCACGGAUGAACGUAGCCUGCAGGUCAGUCGUAUGGCAGAGAUAUAUGACCAGGCUACAGAAAUUGUCGUCUGGCUGGGAAAACCUGAGAGCCAUAUGAACAAUCGGCUGGCUUGUCAGAUGCUGGCGGAGUUUGAAAGACAUUAUUAUGAAGUGGCAAAUCGUGCAGCUCCCAUAUGGGAGAGGAUUACUCCUUGCCUGAAUUCAAGGCUACCAGAUGUAGCAAAACGGAGAGCGAUGUUCAUCCAAUCUUUGUUCCCUUUCACAGACAGAGCUAUUUUCGACGAGCCCGGAACUACGAUACACAACGCCUGGCUUGGAGUUGCAGCAAUAUUCAGCAGCCGUUGGUGGACGCGGACAUGGGUCUAUCAAGAAUCAACGGUCCCAGAAAGACGCACCGCAUUCUCGGUUGGAACCUGGACUAUCAAGCCUGGAAAGAGCAGGGUCAAGUUCCUUUCUGGGGACCAGCUCACAAGUUGGUUCCGCCUAGGCAUGGGUACAAUGGUGGCAGAAGUCAUCUCCGCAACACCAGGGUUACAAUCAAGCUUCCUCUACGGCAUAUCAAAACACCUCAGAACGUUCCAGUUGCUAAGGGAACACCGUUCGAUGAAGUUCAGAUCAGAGUUGACGUUUGUCGAGUUACUGCAAUAUUUUCGGAAGUCUGAGUGUCAAGAUCCUAGAGAUAAGGUUUAUGCUCCAUUGUGUCUCGCAAGCGACGAAGUACGAAACCAUAUUCGCCCUAACUAUACGGAUAAGAACCCAGACCUCCAAGCAGAACAAGAUUGGCAAGAAAGGAAAGAUGCAUUUGAAGAGAAGCUGGCUCAGUGGACCACCACAACCAAACAUCGAUAUUUCACAGAUGAGCCAAUUGAGGACGUAUUCAACCAUUGCGUUGUUUUGGACCUAAUUUACGACUGGGCCUUUGUACCAUCAGCCAGGGGCGGGAAGUUUGCAGUAGGAUUGUAUAACAGGCGAUUUGCAAACCUCAGUAUCGACGAGUAUAAGCAGCCUUAUGAGGUCGUCGCCAUCCACAAUGGACUAGCUUGCAGAGGCCUGGCUCUGACGGAAAUGAAAUUUGUUAUGGCCGUCCCCAACACAGCCAAGAAUGGGGACAGUCUAUGGGCGCUGGCUGGAGGACAGGUACUUUACCUCUUGAGGCAUACGGAUCCAGGACGGAAGCAGUACAAUUUCAUCGGCGAAUGUUAUGCACAUGGACUGAUGGAUGGCGAGGUCUCGAAGAGGCUACGAGAAGGUCGACUGAAGCUGCAGGAGAUAUCACUUGUGUAG